AGCAUGGCAGAGCAGCUGGAAUGUGACGGAUCCGUGGACUGGGAACAGCGAUGUAUCACUCUGGAAUCGCAGCUCAUGAAGUUCCGCAUCCAGGCGAACAGGAUCAGGGAAUUACUGGCAGAGAAGAUGCAGCAGCUGGAAAGACAAGUGAUUGACGCAAAUCGGCGGGCAGAGCAAGCAUAUGAGCAGGUCCAAAUCAUGGAAGAGAAGCUGAGAGCAGCUAAUGUGCAGACCAGCGAAUCUGAGAUGAGGUGGUACAAGAAGAGCCAAGAACUGGAAGUCUUAGUGCAAGAGAAGGAUGAACUCAUCCAAUGUUUGGAACAAGAGCUGGAAGAACAGAAGCAAAUACGAAUACAAGAAGCAAAGAUGAUAGAAGACAAAGCUGCCAAAAUCAAAGACUGGGUGACGGGAAAGUUGAGAGAGCUGGAAAUUGAAAAUCAAAAUCUUCGGUUCAUCAACAAAAGCUACAGUGAAGAAAUAGUUGCUCUGCGUACCCGAUCACAAGAUACAAGAAGUAAGAAAUCCCCAGCCUGCUCCACCCCAAAACAAUCAGAGGGCCAGCGUGUCAGCAACCUGACAUUUGGGUGCUUCCAGAAUAGAGCAAGAAGCCCACAGAUGGACCAGAAGAGAGAAGAAAACAUCAGGUCACACAGUGAAGCUGCUGAUCUCAGUGAAGGUAAAAAAAAAGUCUGCUGAAGGCCCCCAACUUCUUUAUGCACUAAAAUGAUCUCCAGAACAGUCAUUCAAUGGCAAGAUGGGGAAACAACACUAUCACCCAUGCUGCAAAGUUUCUUCUCUGUGGAAAGAUUAGGCAAGGGAAGGACCAGUUCAGAUAUUCCCAGUAUAACUGUAAGUGACUGGAGUUCUGAAGAAGACAUCAAGAAAUCUCAGAACGGUGCACGGUGUGUAUCCACACGGUCAAGCCAGACUUCUGAAGAUGGCAACCAGAACAGUAAACUGAGCAGUGAGAUGUAUCUAACAGCUUCAGAGGAAAGUAACUUGGCAGAUGAAUGCAUGACCUCACCUAGCAGUGACCUGGUUCAGAUAUAUUCUUUGCAGAAAGGACUGCAGAAGAGCAUUACCUUAAGUGGCAAAAAAUAUUUCACUUUCGCAAGUCAACGGUCAAAACUGGACAGCUCAUCUGAUGACCCAAAUUCUAAGCUACAGCACGAAGCCUCAGACUGUUCCUUUUCAAAUGGUGAAGCCAGUGCCUCAAGUCCAAUGUUUACAACAAACUUUUCAUCUUCAAAAGCAUUAGACUCUACAUUUGGACCUCAGUGUUCCAACUCAAAGGAACAGGCAACCAACUUGCCAUCACCCAAACAACGAACUCCUAACAUCUUAAGUUUGAGCUUAGCCAUGGCCAAGAAACAUCUUAGCCAACCACAAAUGAGUUCAGAUAGGAUGUUCGGUAAGGAUAGGAACGCCAUAAGUAUGGUAAAGCCUUACAGACCGCAGGAAACUGACAUCGAUUUGGUGGAUGAGCAGGCUGAAAACAUUUUGCAAAAGAUGGACACGGGUUGUGGUGAUGGUCUCUUUUCAUAUGAUGUACAAGAGAGUCACGCUACCAACCAACUAAUCUCAAGUUCUCCAGAAAAGAUAACUUCUUCCAAACCUCCAACUCCCCCACUGCAUCGCUUUCCUUCUUGGGAAAAUCGCAUAUAUGCUAUUGCUAAAUCUGGUAUAAGGAUGUCUGAAGUUUCCGUGGAUCCUAACAAGAAAGCAAUGACAUCAUGUUCAACAUCUGGUGUCUACACAUCUCUGAUAUACAAGAACAUGACCUCUCCCGUCUAUACCACAUUAAAAGGGAAAGCAACUCAGAUAAGUACUAGUCCUUUGGAAGAUUCUUCAGGAUCUGAGGAAGAAGUCAACUCGUGCUCCAGCUCUCGGACAUCUGAGUCAGAUUGUCGCAAUCAAAGUGAGGCUGGAAGUCCUCGUGCUCUGAAGAGAGGCAUCUCAUUCUCUUCCAUGGCAUCAGACAGCGACUACGCCAUUCCUCCUGAUGCAUAUUCUAUUGACAGUGAAUUCUCAGAACCAGAACAGAAGCUUCCAAAAACAUGUUCCUCAUCAAGUGACAAUGGGAAAAAUGAGCUCUUAGAAAAAUCUGGAUAUUUGUUAAAAAUGGGAGGCAAGCUAAAAACAUGGAAGAGAAGGUGGUUUGUACUUAAAGGUGGAGAGCUGCUCUACUACAAAUCUCCAAGUGAUGUAAUCCGCAAGCCUCAGGGUCAGAUUGAAUUAAAUUCCUUCAGUCACAUAGUGCGAGGUGACGGAAAACAGACUGUGCAGCUGGUAACAGAGAAACGAACGUAUUACCUGACGGCAGAUUCCCCUAAUAUCUUGGACGAGUGGGUACGAGUAUUACAAAAUGUGCUCCGGGUCCAAACAGCCAGUGUUCUCUUCACUCAACCAGAUGUCAAACCCACUGUGAAGGGGCUCCUUACAAAGGUCAAACAUGGAUACUCUAAGAGAGUUUGGUGCACAUUGGUUGGAAAAACAUUAUAUUAUUUUCGCAGUCAGGAGGAAAAGUUUCCGCUGGGACAAAUCAAGCUCUGGGAGGCCAAAAUAGAAGAAGUAGACCGGACCUGUGAUUCUGAUGAGGACUAUGAAACAAGUGGACGCAGCCUACUCUCUACACAUUACACCAUAGUUAUUCAUCCCAAAGAGCAGGACCCCACAUACCUUCUCAUCGGAUCCAAACAUGAAAAGGAUACCUGGCACUAUCACUUAACCAUGGCAGCUGGAGUGAUGGGAGCUAGUGUGGGUACAGAGUAUGAGCAGCUGGUGUGCAAACUGCUGAGCUUGGACAGUGACUCCUGUACCCAGGUUUGGAGGCAUCCAGCACUAUGUCACAGCAAAGAAGCCAUAACAUCACCUCUCACUACAUUACCAUCAGAAGCACUGCAGACAGAGGCUAUCAAAUUAUUUAAGACUUGCCAGUUGUUUCUGAAUGCAGCGAUUGACUCUCCUGCUAUAGACUAUCAUGUGUCCCUGGCUCAGAGCGCGCUACAAGUGUGCCUCACCCACCCUGAGCUACAGAACGAGAUCUACUGCCAGCUCAUUAAACAGACCCGACACAGAUCGCCACAGAACCAACCAAGUCCCAUCCAGGGUUGGCAGCUGCUGGCACUGUGUGUUGGGCUCUUCCUUCCGCAGCAUCCAUACAUCUGGCUCCUAAAACUUUUUCUGAAGAAGAAUGCUGAUAUCAGGACUGAGGCUGGAAAAUAUGCUAUUUACUGCCAGCGUUGUGUAGAAAGAACACAACAAAAUGGAGAUCGUGAAGCCAAACCUUCUAGGAUGGAGAUUCUGUCCAUUCUGCUACGAAACCCAUAUCACCACUCUUUACCCUUCAGUAUCCCUGUGCACUUCAUGAAUGCCACUUACCAGGUCGUGGGAUUUGACGCAUCAACAACAGUUGAAGAGUUUCUUUGCACGCUUAACCAAGACCUGGGAAUGCGGAAGCCAUCUCAAUCCGGAUUUACCUUGUUUUCAGGUGAUCCCUCUGGAAAGGAUUUUGAAUAUUGCUUACAAGGAAAUAUUAAGAUAUGUGACAUAAUUUCAAAGUGGGAGCAGGCUUCUAAGGAGCAACUUCCUGGGAAAUGUGAUGGCACCCGGACUGUGAGACUCACCUACAAGAACAGGCUGAGCUUCUCGGCACAGGUGCGUGGGGAGACGGACAGAGAAAAGCUGCUGUUAAUGUACCAAACGAACGAUAAAAUCAUUAAUGGUCUCUUUCCAGUCAACAAGGAGCUGGCCCUGGAACUGGCUGCUCUACUCGCUCAGGUGGAAAGUGGGGAUUAUGAACGACCGUUUCAGGCUACAGCAGGUCAAGUGAAGUCAAGCCAAGCAGUAAAACAAGCACUGGAAAAAUUUUAUCCCAAGAGGUAUAGAGAGGACUGCGUGGAAGAGCAGCUAAGACAGCUUCAGCAGAGACUGGGGUCAAGAUGGAUGGCACUUCGAGGCCACAGUGCUUCAGACUGUGUGCGAAUAUAUCUUACAGUUGCCAGAAAGUGGUCUUUCUUCGGUGCUACCCUUUUCCCAGCAAAACCUAUAGCUCCAAGCCUAUUUGAAGGUCCUUUAGUCUGGCUGGCAAUACACGAAGAUGGAAUAAGUGUGCUGGAAUAUAACACUAUGAGGUUGCUGUUGACAUACACACACAGGAGUCUAAUGACCUUCGGAGGUUAUCGUGAUGACUUUAUGCUGGUAGUUAACACACAGACAAAGGACAAGCCAACUGAAAAACUUCUGUUUGCAAUGGCGAAAGUGAAGAUUUUGGAAAUAACUCUGCUGAUUGUCAGCUACAUCAACACAAUUCAACAGCAGAAGAUGGCCACUCACCACAUGUCUGCCCCUGCCCUUCUCUCUGCCCAAGCUGAAGAGCUGAAGACCAAGCAACUGGGAAGCCAGAUGCUCUUAGCAAACAGCAGACCAACUAAAGGCCCCACUUUGCUAUAGCAAUCACUUGUCAGUAUAUGCACUAACAAAUAUGUGACAUUCCUAAAUGGACAACAAAACAAACUGGA